UCCAAAUGUAAACAAAUGGAUCUUGUAAAUAAUUACGUUACGCAUUGUGUUUACAUGCUAAACUAAAAUAAAGUUUGCACAAGCACCAAACACACAUUUUGCAAGAAAAAUGUGCAUAAAUACACAACAUCUACAUCAGCACAUAGUUCCCUCCAGACAAUUAUGCCGAGAAGGUCGAGUGAGUCUUGUGUGCUUUUUGGUCACAUUAAUCUUGGUUGCCAUACCAUCUGUGCCGCAAAUCUAUUAUGGGGCGGUACCAAACGUAUGGGGUGCCCAAAUGUGGGGACCGGCUUUAUAUUUUGCCCUUAUCAGCAUGGUAAUACGUUUUGUUUUACGCGAUACUGAUUAUCAGGUCGGCAUACGUUCAUCUUUCUUGGGAUUUGUUGAGGCCGUAAGCAUAUUGGUCAUAUGCUUUGCCCCCAAAGUCUGGAAGCAAUUGGGCACCUAUGGUUUAUUUAUGGCCUUAUUUCAUUACACUGAGUUUAUGGCAAUAGCAUGGUGUAAUCCUAAAAGCCUGACAAUUGAUUCGUUUAUGUUAAAUCAUUCUUGGGCCUAUGGUAUGGCGGCUGCUGCUAGUUGGAUUGAAUUUGUUUUGGAAGUGCAAUUUUUGCCACAUUUUAAGGAUAUCUAUUAUUUGUGGCUGAUAGGUGUGGUUCUAUGUGUGUUUGGUGAAGUGAUGCGGAAAACGGCCAUGGUAACGGCCAGCAGUAGUUUUACGCAUUUGGUGCAAUACGAAAAAGCCGACGAUCAUAAGCUAGUAACCCAUGGUAUUUACGCUUAUUCGCGACAUCCAUCAUAUGUGGGUUGGUUUUGGUGGUCCAUUGGUACACAAAUCAUACUCAUGAAUCCCGUUUGCAUUGUCGCCUAUACCAUUAUUAGUUGGAAAUUUUUCCACGAUCGAAUAUAUUGUGAAGAAUUUUCCCUGCUGAAUUUCUUUCGUUCCGAUUAUAGAGCGUAUCAGCAAAAAGUUCCAACUGGUUUGCCGUUUAUUAAAGGAUUUAUACUCGAGUAAAAUUUAAAAAAAAAUUUGAUAAUCAUUCAAAGUCUGAAUAUAAUUUUUUCUCAAAUCGCUAUACCUCUCGAUUAAUUGUUGUUUUACACAUAAAGUAGGACAAUAAAUAAAAAAAGGAACGAAAUACAAUUUGGAUGUCAAAUAUUAAGAAAUCCUUUUGAAAAUAAGGUCCUUUUUAAAGGAAAAUAUUUUACAUAUUUUCACCAAAUGAAGAGAUUGGUUUAAAAUCCUUUUUAAGCGGUAUAACCAAGAACUACACCUUAUUAACUAUACAAAAAACGAAAGAAGUAACUUUAAACAAAAUGAUACCAUUGUAUUAUUAAAAUCGUACAAUGAGUUAAUAUUUAAGUGAAUGUAAAAAGUCAAGUCAUAGUUCCAGCAAAUAGCAAAUAAAAAACGAAAUUUGAAAAUUAAA